CUCCCUUCCCCUCGACGAGCACGGACACCAGUUGAGUACGGUACAGUUUAGCGCACUGCAGAUUAAUUUGGAUAAGGAGAUCGAGAAGAGAGAAUCAAUGGCCACGUUUGCUGGUGCAGCCUUGUCUCUUCCGAUUCCAGGCCGCGCCGUCGCCGGAGCACGGCGUGGGGGACGUUGUGUGGUGGCGCGGGCGUCUGCGACGAUGGCGCCGGCGGUGGCGGCCGGGAGGACGCACUAUGAGGUGCUCGGGCUGGGCGCGGGGGCCAGCAGGGGGGAGAUCAAGGCCGCGUACCGGCGCCUGGCGAGGGAGGUGCACCCGGACGCUGCUGGUGCCGGAGGCGGCAGCGACGGCGACGAAGGGUUCAUCCGGCUGCACGCGGCCUACGCCACGCUCGCCGACCCCGACGAGCGUGCGCGGUACGACCGGGACGUUGUGGCACGGGCGGCCAUGUUCAGGCGGGCGGCGACCGCGCCGGGGUUCCGGCGAAGGACGUGGGAGACGGACCAGUGCUGGUAGGACGGCCGGCCGGACGAGUACGCGUGGCUUCUCUCGGCCAUCUGGUGUCUGGUCCAGGCGCGCAAGGCGCGGCGUCGCGGUCGCGGUCGCCGGAGGAAAAGGUCGCUGCGGCUGCCACCCGCCGUCCGAUCCGAAUCGGACAGCCCAGAACGAGCGACGCGGACGUGGGGUCUGUGUGACUGACACUGCGAGAAGCGUUUUUAGAAGCUUUCUUGUGCGUUAUCAGCAGAAUGCAGAUGUGUAAAUCAAUUAGAGUAGUUGUUAUCUGCUGUAAAUUAAUGGCUAAGUAAGGAAUAUACUACCAGCUCCUUGGGUUCUAGAA